AUGGACAAAUUGGAGGAGGCCAUUAGCCGCCUCAGCCUUGGUCACACCAACCUCAACACGAAGGUUGAGUCCAUCCACACUUCCCUCACCGCAAAGAUUGAUUCCCUUCUCGAACGCUUCGCCGCCAUUUCUACUCCGCCGCAUUCCCCAUCUUCCUCGCCAAUUCAGCCUCUGACACCGGUCCACCGCCACCACAUGAAGCUGGAUGUCCCACGCUUCGACGGCUCGGAUCCUCUCGGCUGGAUAUUCAAAAUAUCCCAAUUUUUCGAUUAUCAGGGGAUUCCUGAUCAGGAGCGUCUCACGGUCGCGGCGUUUUACAUGGACGGCCCGGCGUUGUCCUGGUAUCAGUGGAUGUCCAGGAAUGGCUUCUUCCCUUCGUGGUCUGUGAUGUUGCAGACCGGCACCGUGAGUGAUUACCUCACAGAUUUUGAGCAUCUCGCGAACCGAACAUUAGGUCUUUCCCCUUCGUGUUUGCUGAGCUGCUUUAUAUCAGGGUUGAGUCCGGAGCUCCGCCGUGAGGUCCAAGCUCUGCGUCCUCUUUCCCUCCCGCAAGCUACAGAACUUGCGAGGCUCCAGGAAGAUAAGAUGCUUGACCGCCGCCGCGGCACUCGAGCACCUUCGCACCCAAACCCUACCUUCAAUCCUCGAUCCUCCCCAAAUCCAUCCACGGCGCAUCCUAAAGUUCCUCUGAAACGCCUCACGACAAAGGAGAUGGCAACUCGCAGAGAUCAAGGCCUCUGCUACCACUGUGAUGACAAGUGGUCACAGGGUCACAGGUGCAAGCCUCGUCUGCAUCUCCUAAUCGCAGACGAAGACCUAGAACCUUCUUCGGGAUUCCCCCUUCUAGAUUCCCUUACCUACACCACACCCGAACCUGGGUUGACUCCACAAAUUAGCCUUAAUGCCAUGGAAGGCACUCCGGCACCCCAAACCUUCAGACUCCUCGGCUCCCUGUGCCAUCAUCAGGCCGUGAUCCUCGUAGACGGAGGAAGCACACAUAAUUUCAUUCAAUCACGUGUGGCCAAGUUCCUCACGUUACCCACAACCCCGACGGCGACCCUGAAGGUGGGCAACGACCACACCUUGGACUGUGAUACGAUAUCGUUUCAAGUCCCUCUCUCCAUCCAAGGUCACGACUUCAGACUUGACCUGUACCACUUACCCCUCUGCGGAGCAGACAUUGUGUUAGGGGUCCAAUGGUUAAAACUCUUGGGCCCAAUUACAACAGACUACCACAACCUUACCAUGACUUUUGUGCACAUGGGCCAACCCAUUACACUUAACGCUGAUGCACCCCCCAUUCCAUCUGCAGCCUCCGUCCAUCAGCUUAAACGCCUAGCCCAAACCCAGAGCAUCUCUGCUCUGUUUCAUAUCUCCACCACGCCAAACCGACACACCUCCCUCCUUCCCCAAACCACUCCGGUCAACGUCCGUCCCUACAGAUAUCCGCAUUUCCAGAAGGCCGAAAUUGGGAAGCAGAUCGCCGCCAUGCUCGCCGCCAACCUCAUUCAACCCAGCUACUCUCCUUUCUCUUCACCUAUACUCUUGGUCAAGAAGAAAGAUGGAUCGUGGAGAUGUUGCGUGGAUUACCGGGCGCUUAACGCAGUCACCAUUAAAGAUAGAUUUCCCAUGCCGACAAUUGAUGAAUUGUUGGAUGAUCUAGGACAAGCUGUGUGGUUUUCGAAGCUGGAUUUGCGUCAAGGAUUUCACCAAAUCUGCAUGGCGGAGGAGGAUAUACACAAGACAGUUUUUCGAACGCAUCAGGGACACUACAAGUUCAAGGUCAUGUCGUUUGGCCUCUGCAACGCGCCGUCGAUGUUUCAGGCGGCCAUGAACGACACCUUUAAGCCCUUCUUGAGGAAACAUGUGGCGGUGUUCUUUGAUGACAUUUUGGUCUAUAGUGCUGACUUGGCCACGCAUGUCUCUCACCUCGACUCCGUUCUGGAUACACUAUCAGCUCGACAAUUCCUUCUCCGGCGUACUAAGUGCCUCUUUGCCCAAACUCAGCUUAACUAUUUGGGCCACGUUAUUUCCUUUGAUGGCAUUGCUCCUGACCCAGAAAAGAUCUCUGCGAUGCUGGCCUGGCCUGUACCCACAUCUCCGACAGCUCUUCAUGGAUUCUUGGGUCUCACCGGUUUCUACCGGAAAUUCAUUAAGAACUACGCAGCAAUCGCCUCUCCCCUCACGUCAUUAUUGCGGAAGGAGCAAUUCUCGUGGUCCGCGGAAGCCUUGCAAGCUUUUCAAGCACUUCAGCAAGCUAUGGUACAAGCCCCCGUCCUCGCCAACCCGAAUUUUUCUCGGCCAUUCACCAUUGAAACGGACGCCUCCGCUUCAGCCAUGGGUGUGGUUUUACUCCAAGACGAUCACCUUAUUGCUUAUCACAACAAGGUACUAUGUCCACGAUUGCAGCGAGCCUCGGCGUAUAUCCGCGAGCUCCACGCCAUCACCUCCGCCGUUAGGAAAUGGCGUCACUAUCUGCUGGGAACGUCCUUCACGAUCCUCACAGACCAUAGAAGUCUAAAGGACCUUAUGUCUUAG